AAAGAUUGUAGCAUAUGAUGACUAGAAGGGCAUGGCUUGUGUAGCAGACAUGAACAGGAGCUUAGCAGCUCUCUGUCUCUCUUUGCAAGUCUUCUUCUUGUGAGAGAGAAAGAGAAACUUCAGUUUGCAUUCUCACUCUUUCCCAACAUCUUUACACAAGCUUUGGAGAUUGAAGAGUGAUAUUGCAUCUACUGGCAUUUUGUGGGGUUUUUCUUUGGUUUCACUUCUUUGAGUUUGAGAUCUAGUGGGAACUGCAUAUCUCUCAAUGGGACUGGAGAUGAAGUUGGACUUUGGAAAAAACAGUGCAGUGGAUCUGAGCCCUAAAACUGUUCUUCCAUCUCAUCAACAUUGUUCUUAUGUUGGGAAGAGAAACACGAAAGGAAGGCCCAGGAGGAAGGACGAUUUAUUGAGCUUGAAGGAAGAUUUUAGAGAAAUUAGCUUUCAUCGCUACCGCAGCACUUCUUGUAAAAGCAUUCCAUCUAGAUCUUUUGGACAGGAAGGUAAAAUAGAAGUUAAGCGAGGUUCCAUCUAUCAAAGCUCCAAAGAAGUGAGGAAAAUAAAGAAAUUGAGCACUAUUGAAGGAAGGAGGAAAAUCAAAAUGUUGCCAAGUAGUGAUGCCUCUAUCUCUUCUAGAAUUGUCGACUCAUUGUGUAAUUCAGACAAGGAAAGCCCACAGAGGAGAUCUCAAGCAAUGUCUUCAAAUUCAAACUCGAUUCCAUCACCUGUUAGCAAGCCUUGUAUAGUGCCAUCCUCAUCAGACGGCUUUAUUGAGAUCUGUUUGUAUCCAGGUAACAGGGGAAAAAAUUCUGUUGAAAGUGUAGGUUCAGGUUCAAUGGAUUUGAGUUUGGGAAGUAAACCAGUUGCUGGUCCUCUAAACAAUGGUAAUGAGCUUCUUGAAAGAGAGGCGGUGCACACAUUUCACAAGUCACUCUCUACCAAGGUGGAAAUGCGCCAUUCACCUUCUCCAUCAGAAAGUGAUUGCUCCUCUAAAGCCAGCUCAAAGUCCCGGUUCAGCCCCAUUAGAAAGAUGUUUGAUCCGUUCAUUAAAUCGAAGUCUUUGAGAAGCCCCUUAAGUUAUGCUCUAGAACCUGGUGAGGUGAAAAUAAAGGGGAUGAAAAACAAAAGGGUAAAUAGGACAUAUUGUAAAUCUUUGUUGGAUGACUUCUCAAAUAAUGCACGGGAUCCAGAAUAUAAGUCUACCCUUGGUGAGAGAGAUAACCAUCAGUCCUUUUUUGCAUGUUCACCAGUUCACCUACAUGGAUUCCUCAAGUUAGAAACUAAACAUGGGAUACCAUUUUUUGAGUUUUCAUUGAAGUGCCCGCAAGAUGUCUUUGUAGCCAAGUCAUGGAAAGUGAAUGAUGCAUGUAACUGGGUGUAUACGUUUCACUCCGUUGACAGUGGAAAGAAGAGCAGUGCAAGUGGAUGGGGUUUGUUUGACGGCGACAAAGAUUCUUCAAUGGUUGGACAGAUGCAAGUUUCCUGUUAUCUAUGUUCAGAACUAAAAGAUGGAGUUUUUGACAACUCCAUGGUGACAGAGUUUGUCUUGUAUGAUAUUGCUCAUGCAAGACUAAAUGUGGCAGCUCAAGAGAACUCUAGCUGUACCCUUGAUGCUGUAAAAUCAUCCAAAGAUUCUAAUCCAGGCUUGGAUAGGCAAACUUUGAAGUUGGAUGAUGUGACUCAUACAUCUUCUGUCAAACUUAAACAAGACCAUGCUACCUACGAUGGUCAAUUUAAUUCGUCAAAUCCUCACCCUUGGCCAACUGCAAAUUUGCAUCCAAAUCUUGAAAUAGCAGCUAUCAUAAUGCAAGUCCCAUUUGAGAAGAGAGAAAGCUUAAAAUACAAAAGAGGGGAUAAGGGCAGUGAUAAAGCACCUAAAAACCUUCUAAGUCUCUCAAUUGUUGAGCAGAGGAAAGAAGACCUUCCUGAGAGCAGAAGUCCAGAAAAGGUGAAGGUGGUAAUCCCAGCUGGAAACCAUGGUUUGCCAAGUGCUGAAAGCCGUGGCCCAUCAUCAUUACUGGAUCGGUGGAGGUUGGGCGGAGGCUGUGAUUGUGGUGGAUGGGACAUGGCCUGUCCUCUUGUUGUUUUGGGCAAUCCCCAUUUUCAAUUUGCUGAUAAUCAACCACUUGUAGAGAAUCAGGGGCCUCUGGAACUUUUUGUUCAGGGAGGAAAAGAGCAAACACCAGCAUUGACAAUGUCAGUUGUCGAGGAGGGACUAUAUGCGGUUGAUUUUCAUGCCCAGCUAUCCACAUUACAAGCAUUCUCCAUCUGUAUUGCUAUUCUGCACAGUACAGAAACCUCUUCUGCUGGACAAAUGCAGGAGAGAGACAAACAGUUGCCGCAUUGCAAUUCGCUGAAGGUACUUAUUGAGGAUGAAGUGAAAUUCUUAAUUGAAGCAGUCACAGCAGAGGAGAAGAGGAAUGUCACAAAGAGGGUAAAAGAAAUCCCAGCAUCUUUUGUUCUUAACCCACCAUUUUCUCCAAUGUCUAGAGCAUAGGUUCAAGCCCAGCUUGCUUUGGUACAGCUAUUACACAAUUUGCCACAGAAUCUCAUAUUGGGGGUCCAGAGACCACCCCCAAAACUUUGAUAAAAGAUGAACUGCAUUGCAAAAACAUUGGAAGACAGCAAAGGUCAAAAAUGCCAGUUCCAAGAUGAAUGAUAUAUACUGGGGGUUAUAUCAUGUGGAUAGAUUUAUGGGAUGAACUAAAAAAACCUACUUGGUAUGGCAAAAAUGGAUUUCUUCAAAUUGUAUCAAACUUUUUGAAGAACGUGGCCUGCCAAUUCUUGCCUCGGUCUAUGGGUUAUUACCAUACCUGCCAGGAUCAUUUCAUUGUAUCAUUUUAUUCCCCAAUUUUAUUUUUUAUUUUUUUUUUAACAUCUAUAAUCAAAAUUUUAAACAGAAUAAGAUGUUGUCCAUAUUGUAACAUAAUAGUGGGGAAAAGUAGUAAUCCAAAAUGUUAUUUGAGAGAUAGAAGUCAUUUUCCUCUUUUCCUUAGUAUUUUGUAAGAUGGACCUCGUUUGUGGUAUCAGAAUAACAAUAAUAAAAAAAUAUAUCUGGGACUUUGUUAAAUAGUC